UUAAACCUUCUCCUAUUCUAUCUCGCCAUGGCCAACGAUCAACUGAAGCCCAUUGCCUCCCUCCUCCUAUUCCUCAACUUCUGUAUGUACCUCAUCGUGACAGCCAUUGGCGGCUGGGCCAUCAACUCUGCCAUCAAUCAUGGCUUCAUCAUUGGUCCGGAACUGCAACUCCCGGCUCACUUCACGCCGGUUUUCUUCCCCAUCGGCAACUUUGCCACUGGUUUCUUCGUCCUGUUCGCUUUAAUCGCAGGCGCCGUUGGGGCUGCCUCAGCAAUUGCCGGAUUCAAUCACAUCCGCUUCUGGAAAUACAGCAGCUUGCAGCCUGCAGUUUCGUCUGCUAUUACUGCAUGGCUCCUCACUCUCCUCGCGAUGGGUUUGGCCUGUAAGGAGAUUGUUCUUGAGGGAAGGAAUGCAAAACUGAGGACGAUGGAGGCUUUCUUGAUCAUUCUAUCUGUGACAGAGUUGGUAUACAUUCUUGUGAUUCAUGGGGGAUCGUCAUCUCCGACAGAGCAAGAAAGAAGGACAAGUUACAUGAUCUGAUCGUGAUUCCAAGUCAUUCGAGAUGUGCAGGUCAAGGAACAAAGAAAACAAUUUGUUAAUUUGUGUUUCCAUCAAAGGGUUUUAAAGCAAUCCGAACUUAAAAGUGUUCACGAUGUGCGAAUCUUGAUCUCUAUUUGUUGUCUGUAGAAAGGCUUCAUCUCAGUAAGUAUAUAUAUAUAUCUGCACUACCUUAAAUUAAGAUUAUUUUAAACAAACUAAAAUAAAAUUUUUAAUUU